CAGUGUCCCCGGAAAUGCGUAACUGAAGGAAACGGAUACACGCAACGUAGCGGAAGAAAAAUGUAUACAAUAGCAAUUUAGAGAUCAAUUAAGUUAUGAAAAAAAGAGCAUUAAUUGCCUUUCUUUGUGGUGUAUGUUUUAUGACAUGGCGGAUCGUGAGCAGUAGUGCUCUGUGGACCGCUGUCGUUUUACAGGGGCGUGAAGUGUUAUUUGACGCGUCAGGCACAAGCAGAGACUGCUUUGAAGAAUGAGUUGAUCAUUUUAAGGGAAUCCAGAGGAGGUUGCAAAUAUCAAAGGUUGACUGGAAGAUGCCAAGAAGAAAACAGCAGAAUCCACAGCCUGUGAAAUUGGAUUCUGAAGAUGGUUUAGGCACGGUACGUCCAGCAAGCUUUACCUUUGAGAGUGACUUUCUCCUGGGACAAGAACUUGAGUUCUCCGAUCCUGACAAUGACAAAAUCAUAGGCCUUGAAAAGUUUUCAGCUGACAUCAGCCUGCCUGGCUUUCCCCUCGGAGACGAAGAGAGCUCCCCCUUCAGCCGUCUCAGCAUGGAGAGCGACGCCGACGACCUGCGUGCCGCCGAAAGUGAGCACGAGGAGGGGGUUACGGAGCCUUCCUUUCCCUCUUACCUGUCUUGCAGAGGCUGCAGUCAGCUCCUAGAAGACCCUCUGGGACCCAGCAUGGACUUGGUGGGUCCCUACUGCAUGCGCUGCUGCAAAGGGAGCCUUAAUGGCAUGGUGGACAGGAAGCUUUGCUCAGGCAUAAGCUUGUCAGCCGAGUGCGGAGAGGGAGGGAACGAGAGCGCCGGCGGUGACGAUGGUUCGAUGAAGCUCCACUCAUGCACACUUUGUGGUUUUACAUCACGUUAUACGAACCACGUUAAGAGGCACAUGAAAACGCACAACGGGGAAAAGCCGUACGGCUGUCCGCUUUGCUCUUACGCGUCGGCACAGCUGGUCAACCUGCAGAGGCAUUUGCGCAUACACACCGGGGAAAAGCCCUAUAAGUGCAACCAUUGCACAUUUGCAUGCAGUUCAUUAGGGAACCUAAAGAGGCACCAACGCAUGCAUACAACUUUAAGCCCUGGUCAGUGUCCCCCUCAUCCAAUGAGUGGCAACAAUCGCCCAGCAGCACUUACGAGAGAUAAAGAAGUGGAUGGCGUGCCAAACGAAGAUGCAGACUCACGUCCCCAUUUGGGAAGAGACGGAAGCUACUUGCCAAGCUUUGAAGGCAUCAGGAUGGCGCAGCAGUCAUCCGCAGGACAGGCUGCUUCCGAACCCCCCAUGUUCUUCCCCUUCACCUGCCGACUGUGUGGCAUGGCCCUUGAUGAUGAGGAUGGAUCCUCAGCCCAAAUCUGUGCCAAAUGCACACUAGAGAUGCUGACUAAGGACACGGCAGGUUGCCCCGCCGAGCGAGGCGACAAGGUCUACACCUGCGCCGCUUGCCCCUUCCUCACCCACUACCCCAACCACCUGGCCCGCCACAUGAAGACCCACAGCGGGGAAAAGCCAUACAAAUGCCCGCAAUGCGACUACGCCUCCGCUCACUUUGACAACCUGAAGCGGCACCAUCGAGUACACACCGGCGAAAAGCCCUACAAGUGCCACCUGUGCGACUACGCCUGCGGGAACCUGGCUAACCUCAAGAGGCACCAGCGGGUGCACUCCGGCGCCAAACCCUUUCAGUGCGCCAUCUGCAACUACAGCUGCAACCAGAGCAUGAACCUGAAGCGGCACAUGUUGCGUCAUACGGGGGAAAAGCCCCAUAAGUGCCAAGAGUGCGGCUACACCACCGGCCACUGGGACAACUACAAACGACACCAGAAGAAGCACAGCCUCGCCGCCGACGGAUGGGUUAAAGUACAGAUGCCUGAAAAUGAGGAAGAGGUGGAAGAUGAAGAAGAGGUGUAGCCUCACUAGACGAGUGUGAUAGUACUGUAUGAAGAUUGUGAGGUUUCAUUUUAAAGAGAUACAGACUGAUGUCCGUAAGAUGUUAAUCUAACUGCAUAAGCUUUGCUGGUUGUUGUUCUUUUGCCUUGUGCCCAGUAUUAUUUUACCCAUAUCCUAAAGCUGCUACAUAAAUGCACAGUUUUAAAGACAGUUAACUGAAUGUCUAAAUGCCUUUGGAAUAAGGCUGUUGUGUUACCCAAACCUCUCUCAGAGCUCUCCGAGCCUGAUCUUGGUUUAUAUAUCAGUGCCAAACAGAUAUUAUUGCAUCACUGCCAUAAUAAACAUCCUGUUUUUCAUUGCAUGCCCA